AUGAUGUCACACUCAGUCCUGCACUCCUUCACCAACCUGCUGCCUGUUUAUUUGAAUUUUCCACCCGAGGAGCCUGUCGCCAGAAGCAACGGGGAAUUUACCUCACUGAAUUCUUCUCUCAGUUCCCUUGACAACUUUGACACGGCUGUUUCCCUUCCAGCAUCAGCAGCUAGGGAGGAUGAGGGAAUUGCUUUGACUGAGUCAUCAGCAUCACAGGAUCAGAAAACCAGGAGUGAAGCAGAGGAGUUGAGCCAGUGGCAGUGGGAGUUCAGGGGUCAGAUCAGAGCAGUGAGGCAAUGGCUCAACAGUAUGGAGAUGAUGCUGCCAUCUCUGGACCCCAGGCUCCAAAAUGACGGACAGUCAAGUUCAGAACAAGAUUGUAGUUUAGACAGGUGGAGGGUAACUAAAACUCCACUAGCACUCAGGGAUGCUUCCACAAAUUCUGAAAUGAUUCUUCAGAACCUGGACGCUUUGGUUGCGUGGGUCAGUGAGAUAGAGGAGCUCACAACCAAUCAGAAACCUCCAUCCUCAGAAGUCAAAGUGGUGAAGGCACAACUUCAAGAACAGAAGCUCCUGCUACGUCUCCUGACUGACCGUAGGCGUAGUAUGGAUUCUGUGAUGGUCGAGGGCCCACGGCUAGUGGAGGCCCACCCAGGAGAAGAAGGGGAGCGGGCAAAGGUCAAGCUCAACACUCUUCAACAGAAGUGGGAGGCCCUACAGCUAGAGGCGGAGAAGAGGAGGGAAUGUUUGGAGCUCAUUCUUCCCAAAGCCCAGCGGUUUCAAGAACAAGCAGACAGCUUGCAGCAGUGGCUCAUAUCUAAAGAACAAACAUUAGCAGAGCUGAGGAAAGCAGAAAGAGCAAUGCUGCAUUUGUCAGAUGCUACAGUUAAGGCCAAGGCUGUUGUGGAAGAGAUUCAAGUUCAAAUGGCUGAACUUGAAAAAGUAAAGAUGUCAGGUGUAAUUUUGAUGGAAGCAGUCUCAGUGGAAGAAGCACAACAGGUACAAGAGAAGAUGGAUGCACUCCGUAUCCGUUGCUCUGUGCUCAACCUGAGCAGCAUGGAUGUUCUACAGAGGCUUGAACAGGCCCUAGAAGCUUCUAGCCGCUGCACGUCAAGUCAGGAGGACCUCCACCUGUGGCUGGGCCGCAUUGAGAGGGAGCUGUUAGGAGCAGCAGGAGGCCCAACGCAUGUAGGAGAUGCAGUACAAUGUGCAGCUGAGAAAGAAAGGUUGCAACAGGCUGUGGUAAAGGAGUUGGCUUGGUUCAAAGACACCGCACACAAUCUUGAAAAGCUUAAAACAAUUGAUCUGGACCCAAAGAUGAUAGCAGAACAACUCAGUGAACAGAAGAUUUUAGCAGUAGAGAUCCUUCAACAUAAAUUCAACAUUGAGAAGAUGGUCAAGAUUGCUGAAAUCUUGAUGACUUACAAUGAUGAAGGAGCAGCCGGAGAUCUUCAGGUGCCCCUAGAGGCUCUGCAGGAACAGUGUAACACCACCUCAGCUACAAAUGCCCAUGUGGUCCUCCAGCUGGAGCAUGCCCAGUCGCUUCUUUCCCAGUUCUCGGAGGGCCUGGCUGAGAUAUCGCCAUGGCUGGAAGAAACUCAGAACCUUAUUGGUCAACUCUCCCUGGGCACAAUUAGUUAUGAAGCAUUUCGGGAACAACAGGACCUCUUACAGGGUCUCAGAGAGUCUAUUGCAGAACAUCGACCUUUGAUCGCACGCCAAGGUGUUCUAGCUAAACGGUUGUCAGAACUGAACCCUGUUCAGGGUGAACACUUCAUUCAAAAAGCAACAGAGGCUGAGGAGCAACACAAAUCCAUCAGAGAAUGUGUCAAAGAAAGUGCUAAUCUCCUUGAGGAGUCCUUACCACGGUUCACACAACUGAAUGAAAGGAUGACUCUUAUCAGGGAGAGUCUUGACCGCCUUUGCAGUCGCAUGCAGACACCCACCUCUCUUCAAGGUCUCACACCAAGGAUCAAGGAACAGCUGCAAGACAACAAACAAGCAAUUAUUGAGCUCUCCAAGCUGGAGCUGGGUCUCAACAGUGUCAAAGGGCAGGCAGACGAACUGCUGGCAAACACUCAGGCAGCAGGAGACAAUUCAAUUGGCACAACGAUUCAGGGUCAAGUGUCCAGCCUGUCCCAGAUGUGGGAUGAAACUUAUAAACAGGCUCAGGAGAGAGAGCGCUGGUUGUUGAAGCUUCUAGAUCUCGCCUUGAAGUAUUGGAGUGAUGUCACUGAAAUGACAAGUGCCCUUAAUGAUGCUCAGCAGGCCAUUUUGGAUCUCAAUGCAUGUCUCACAGAUUCUGAAACAAUCCACCAAAGCCUUGAAAGCAUGCAGUCUCUUAGGGAGGAUAUAGACAGCUUGCAAGGAGACUUGGACAUUCUUGGUGUUCUAGGAAUGGACUUAAUGGUAGCAUGUGGUGAUACAGAAAAACCAGAAAUCACAAAGAGCAUGGAUGAACUUUAUUGCACAUGGAACAACUUGAGCAAACUUUGGAGUGACUCUCACAAGAAGAUAGAGGAAUCGUUGCAGAUGGCACUUCAUUAUCAAGAUACCAUGCAGGGCCUGUUUGAGUGGUUAAAGUCAGCUGAGUUGAAAUCAACAGAGGAGUUUAUUGUGGGAACUGACCUGGAAGCUGUCAAAGAGCAGCUAUGUGAACUUAAGGAAUUUAAGCGAGAACUGUACCAAAGGAAGAUUGAGAUUGAGAGUCUAAACCACCGCUUUGUGUGCCGAUUGUCUCCGGGCUCAGAACGUCCAGGAUCAUCAUCUCCACUGAGUGACUUUAGACAGCGAUGGGACAGUCUUGAGUCCGAGACUGUGAACAGACAGCAUAGGUUAGAGUGUGCUCUGCUGGGUCUGGGUCAGUUCCAAAAUACUCUAGAUGAGCUGCAGACAUGGCUUUCCAGAACAGCUGAACAACUGCAUGGCAACCAGCCAAUCAGCAUGGACCUGCAAACAUGUGAAAUAGAGCUAGCAAAGCACAAGGUGUUGCGCAAUGAUGUGAUGUCUCAUGUGCGUACCAUUGAGUCCCUCAACCAGGCAGGCAGGAGACUUCUGGAAGCUGGGUCUGGGGACAGCGCACAUGGUCUGCAGUCUCAGUUGGAAGAAGUGAAUGAAAGUUGGGAGUUUGUUCGCUGUGAGACGGAGCGCAGGCAGCUGGAACUAGAGAACAGACUAAGUCAGGUGCAAGAUGUUACCAUGGAGAUUCAGGAUCUUAUACAGUGGCUGGAAAACACAGACUUGAAGCUCUCCUCAUCUAAAACCAUAUGGGGCAUGCCAGAUUCUGCAAAUGAAAGGCUAAAUAUACAUUUGGAGCUAUGUAAUGAGAUGGAAUCUAAAGUACAAGGCUACACAAAUGUGAGGAAUGCCAUUCAUGGGAUGUUGGAGCGAGGAGACCUUGUGCGGGGGUCAAGCACUGAGCACAGCUUGUCCAUACUUGAACAAAAGUGGACAUCUGUUUACAGCAAAGUCCAAGAGCGAAAAGCUAAGCUUACAGAAGGGUUGAGUCUGGCCAAAGAGUUCCACAGCAGUGUCCAAGAACUUUUAAAAAAGAUGAACGAGUGUGAAGAGUCAAUGAUGGACCUGCCUGCUUCAAGUUUCGUUUUGGAAACAGUUUCCACACAGCUGCAAGAACAUAAGAUCCUACUGAAUGAGUUAAAUGGCUACAAUGAAAAGAAGACCUUAGUGGAGAAUACAGGAUGUAGACUAACAGAGCUGAGCAGGAAGGAAGACCGUGAUGUUAUUCAUAACCUAAUAAUGACGGUUCAGGAGAGAUACAAGAAGCUCCUGCAGCGGGUGUCAGAGAGAGGCAGGAUGCUAGAGGAUGUUAAAAAACACGUCAAACAGUUUGUUGAAUCUUGGCGCCUCCUUGUCGACUGGAUGACAGAAGUUGAACAAACUCUGGAUACACAUAAGGAGAUUGGAGCUUCUCAUGAGCAGAUAAAACAACAGCUCGUGGAACAGAAGGAGUUUCAGAAACUGCUGAGAUCAAAAAGGCCCAUGUAUGAUGCCACUACGAAGAAUGGACGCAGCCUCUACGAAAGGGCUCACAGCAGCCAUGACAGGCAGCAUCUGGAAAACCUGCUGGCCGAACUCAAAGACACCUGGGAUACCAUUAGUGGAAAGUCUGUCGAGAGACAACAUAAGCUGGAGGAAGCACUGCUGUUCUCAGGGAGAUUCACUGAUGCUAUGCAUGCACUAAAUGAUUGGUUGUACAGAGCUGAGCCCCAUCUUGCAGAGGAUGUCCCUGUUGGUGGAGACAAAGACAUAGUUAUCAGUCUCAUAGACAAACAUAAGGCCUUCCAGAAGGAGUUGGGGAAACGAGCAGGAUGCAUAAGGACCCUAAAACGCUCUGUAAGGGAUCUGACCAGAAGCAGCACUGCAGAUGCUCACUGGCUGCAGGAGCAGAUGGAGGAACUGGAGGGUCGCUGGGAUGAUGUGUGCAGACUGUCAGUGAGCAAACAGGACAGGCUAGAGGCUGCAUUACAGCAGGCAAUGAAGUUUGAUGGUCUUGUUCACUCUUUCAUGGAGAGGCUCACAGAAGCAGAGAGGAUCCUAAAAUAUGGAGUCAUUCCAGAGGAAGAGGAACAUUUGCGUUCCUUCCAGAAACAGCACGAGGACUCUCUGCGUGCCUUGCACACUCAAGCUGUGGAACUGGAGAACAUCCAAAAUCUGGGUGAGGAGAUCCUGGCUUCCUGUCAUCCAGAUUCAAUAAUAACCCUCAAAUCUUGGAUUAGUGUCACAAAGACUCGCUAUGAGGAGGUUCAGACAUGGGCCCAACAGCAGGGUGAGAAGAUCCGCGCCAGCUUGGCAUCACUGGAAGCAGAAAAAGAAGAAGUCCAGAGGCUUUUGGACUGGAUCUCAUCAGCAGAGGAGUCUCUCACCCUCAGAGAGGAAGAGCCUCUGUCCGAGACAACAGAGCAGAACCAGGAACUCAUUGAGCAGCACAUGGUAUUUAUGGAGGAAAUGAAGAAAAAAUUCCCAGAGAUCGAAAAUGCCACAAAAUCCUGCAAGCACAAGAUCAUUCCUAAGCAUCAAGCUUCCCCCAUUAAGAGGACAUUUGCAAAGAGGAGGAGCACUAUGAAGCUGCCACCUGUCACACCAGUCCCCUUAGAGCACCUUGACCCUCAGACCCCAGAGCUCAUUCAGCUCGUCAGUCAGUGGCAGAAACUUUGGCACAUGGCUGUGGCGAGACAGAAUCGCUUGGAACAACACCAGCAGAUGCUCAGAGAGAUGGAGGAAUUUGCCAACUUUGACUUCAAUAUCUGGCGAAAGCGAUAUAAUCAAUGGAUCAGUCAUCUGAAGUCCCGGAUUUUAGACGUGUUCCGUAGCAUUGACCGAGAUCAGGAUGGGCGUGUUACCCGGAAGGAGUUCAUUGAUUACGUCCUUGCGUCAACGUUUCCAAGCAGCUCUCUGGAGAUGAAUGCCGUAGCAAACAUUUUUGACUUGAACAACGAUGGUUUCAUUGACUACUACGAGUUUGUGAGUGCGCUCCAUCCAAGCAGAGACCCCUAUAGGAAAACACUGGACGCAGAUCAAAUUAAUGAAGAGGUGAGUCGACAGGUAUCACAGUGUAGUUGCCCCAAGAGAUUCCAGGUGGAGCAAAUAAGUGCCAAUAGAUACAGGUUUGGAGAUUCCCAGCAGCUUCGGAUGGUUCGAAUCCUGCGGAGCACGUUGAUGGUUCGGGUUGGAGGAGGCUGGACAGCUCUGGAUGAGUUUCUGGUGAAGAAUGAUCCCUGCAGAGUUAAGGGUCGAACCAACUUGAAGAUCAAGGAGAAGUAUUUGUCACCAACAGGAAGCACCACUAAGGGUUUGACCGUGAGCAGGUCCAACUCCAGCCUCAGCCUCUACAGCAGUGCCUCUGCCCCCACCAGCCCCAUGACACGCAAGGCAUUACUCCGUCGAAGUUUCUCAGGUGACCGAUGCAUUCGUCCUCGGAGCUCUAUUGCUGCCCUGGAGUCUGAACUGCAGUUUGUCACAGCAGGGGAGGACAACUCCCCCUCAGAUGAAGCUGAGAGGUUGCCGACAUGACACCCUCUGUUUCUGCAUGACUGCACCACCAAAACAGAGAUUCGGAGCAGGAGAACGCUUCCUAAGGAGAAAGGAAAAGCAAAUCAUGACAUCGGAAAAAAAACGCUGGCUUACAGAUGAAGCAGAAAUAAAAUAAUGAUCCAGAAAGUGAUGAUGAACAGGCUGCUGUAGGUAAUCUGUAAGGUAUUUGUGCGGAUGGAGAGUUCAUUCAGGGAAAAACUAAAGCCUUUUCCCCUUGCAUUUUAUAUAUUAACCAUUACACAGCAAGUAGAAAGUUCUGCAUAGACAAUAGCUGCAUGGUAGCCAGAGUCUUCCUUUAUUCAGUGCUACUUUUUAUUAUUAUUAUUUUUUUUUUCUAUUUCACUCUUUUGUCUUUGUAAAAUAAGCUAAGACAGACAGUAGUGAAUUAGCACAGCGAUUUGCCAAAUCUAUAAAAUGAAUUAAAAAGCAAGAACUCAGCCUGGGGUGAUGUUUUACGGUUUGCUUCUCUGAUUGUCCAAAUGAAACAGAAGUGCUGGGAUAAUAAAUUGGCCCAUAUAGACUUACUUUACAUUUUGAUGUUUUAGUACAUCAAUUUCAUAAAAACAAUUAACACACAUAAGCAGAUGGUGGGUUCUUUUAUUAAUGGCAAAAGCUAUGUAAACCAACUUGGUUGCAUAAAGGUCUGUUACCCAGUAAACCUAUUAGUUCUGCCACCUUUAAAAGCAUCCACUACCGUCUGUAUCCAAAUGACGUAAUGAGCCUUUUACACGAAUGUUUAGGAAUUUGAUCCCAUUCUUUAAAAAAAAAAAUCUUACUGUUGUUUGCUUGAGUCCCAAAGUUUUAGUGUGAUUAAUCAACAUUUUUUUCAUAAUGAUAGAUGUCAUUUGCUUUGUUUUUCAUCUUUUCUCAAAUUCCUUAUCAUUGACACAUUUUUAGAUUUGUUAACGUGCUUUAACAGUUACAGAUUUUAAAGGUCUGAAAGUUAUCAGCCCUGUUUAUGGUAAAAAUAAAUAAAUAAUAAUUAAUGUAAAAACAGUUAAUUAAUGAUCCAAUAAUUGCAUGUGUGGAGAAAGGGUUACUUUUUAACAUAUGGAAAAGAUUUUUUUCUGAUAGACAUUUACUCUUCAUAAAUGGAAUCCUAAUUUAAAUACAUUAGUGUUAACUACUGAUAAAUUUGUAUAAUGCAGGAAUAUCUUUGAGAUUAAAUAUUAACGACUGAUAAAUAAUAAUAAAAAAGCCUUGUAAAUGUCUGUAUGGGGCAAACACUUGUUCACAGCACUUACUGUAACAGCUACGCCAGGCUGUCCUCAAGUUUUAUAAUAAUCUUCGUGAUAUAAGAACAAUGUCGUUGGCAGGACCACAUUGUGAUUUCUUCUUAUACCUUUUUUACAUGUUUUCCAAUGAUUACGGUAUUUGUUUGUGUUUUUUACACUGGAGAUUGUGUGAUGAACAGGCCAAUGUUGAUUUGUAGAGAUUAUUUUCUCAGGAAUGGUGCUGCCUAUAGAUAGCAUUUCCUAAGAGUUUCCUUUGAACAUUACUGUACAUGUAUACACUUGUUUCUUUACAACCCUGAACUUUCUAGACAAAGGUUUCCGGUUUAGGACAUUGUUCUCCUGAAAAUGCACUUUUUCUCAUGUAUCGCUGUACAUAUAAUGUUUUGCUCAGAAGCAAAUUUGGCAUUUGUUAUUGUACAACUAUGUUUGAUAGCAAGUGGGCCACAUGUACUAUAAACUAUUUUUGUUUUUUAAAAGCAUACGUUUUUAGUCAAAGUAAUGGUUCAAAUAAUUUAGUUCACUUAGAAAUAUUCCAAUCCCCUUUCUACUGUAAAAUGUCCAGGAAACUUGUAAUAAAUAUCCUUCAGGAUCACUAAUAAUCCUGAGGGACAUUUGGUUUGG